AUGGCCCAGCCGGAAGGGAGGCUCGCUGUUCGGCGCAGAGGCAAUAAGCGCGCGGCCGCGGCCAAGGCCGCCCAGGCCGCGCCUGGGAGCUCGGACGCCACGCCAGCGUUGGAGGACCCGACCUUGGCCGGCUUGCAGUCCAUGGGCAUGGUUGUAACAGCGCAUGCCGAAGAUUCUAAGGAGGCGCAGGCCAUCAUGAAGCUCGUGCACUGCCUUGUCUGUCCAGACGGCCGCGCGUGCCUUCUCUGCGGCAUGAAGGACACCGAGGUCGACCACGUCUACGUGACGCGUACGAUCAUCUGGGCCUACCCGCCAUCGCCAGAUGGCAAGAAUUCUGGCAUGGUGUGCUAUUACUGCCAGAGGGUGUUCCAAGCGAGGUUCAAGGCAAAGUACAAGAGCGUCCAGAAGCUGCUGGAGCAGUUCGGCAUCGAUGUGAUGGUGCUUCGCAUGCACAAGCAUUGGAGGCAGGUGUGCGUCUUGGCCACGACCCAGGCUGGCACGCUCGCCGUCAAAAUCACCUGGGGCACCGAGGAGGACACGCGCAAGCUGGUCACCAAGCAGGCGCAGGAGACGCGCUUGGAGGACCCAGAGGAUGAGAUCAUCCCAGAGGAGGACUACGAGCAGCUCUACGGCAAUUGGAAAACCAAUGGCAAGGGCCAUAAGCUCGUGGACUGGGGCGGGGUCAGGGGCGUCUUG